UCUCAUAUUAAGGUUUUGUUAUUUUUCUUGAAAAUCUGGGCACCGUUCAAGGAAAGCAGAGCUGAAUUCUAGGUAUAACGGGAAAAAACAUGGUCUGCACAGUGGUGUAAAUACAAUAUACACACAUUUUAUUACUUUGAAAUCUUUACAUCGUCAAUGUGAACACUUAAUUUGUGGGCUGGCCAUAGUUUCAAAUUAUAACUGAAUUUAUUUUUGCCUGCAUUGUUGGUCACACCUAACUCAUCUCCCAGUUAGUCCUUCAGCAGACAAGCAACCUCUAAAUAUAGCACAGUUUCUAUGGGAACAUCCUUUAUCCUACCCAUUCUGGGAACACAUUUUAUCUAAAAAAUGAGGCCUGCCAGAUCAAUCUAGGCAUACAAACUAGAUUUGUAUUUUUGAAUUACUUUGAUUUAAGGAGAGGUGUUUAAAACCGGUUGAAAUGUUGGUUCUAUGUGAAAAUUUUCCAGUGGAGUUGAGUUGGUAUAAAUUUGCUUUUGGUAAUAAGAGUUGGCAAUCUCACCUUCUACUAAGGGGUGUUUCGUUUUGUUUUGUUUUUUUUUUUUUCCUGAAACAAUUAAGCAUAUGGGUCUAGUGCCUUUAGAUUCUGCUGUCUUAUAUCUCUGUGGCCACAAGCAUUGCUGGAUGAUCAUUAGCAAAUGGAGCAGGUGGGGGAUGACAUUCAUUUUUCCAAAGUAAAUGAGAAUUUUAUCCGUUACCGAAAUGCAGGCCGACCUGAACAUGCCAUAUGGGUGAUAUUAUGUAUCCUUCUGAAUUCCUGUAGCCGAACAGUAAUACGACUUGGGGUUGGGUUUGCCUACUGCUAGAAGACAUGUUGGUCUUUGCCUCUUUACCUGUCCUAAAUCCAAUGCUUCCUUAAAAUUAUUCUUUGAGGACUUAACACAGCUUGAGAUGCCUAUGAAGUUAGGAAGUGAGGCUGAGGUAAGAAACCUCACUUGUAGCAGUUAGAGCGCCAGAGGUCUGAGCUUUGAAAGAACCAUAUGUCCAAAUGCAGUUAAUGAGAGAAGGGAGUCUCUGAAAAUUGAAACACAGAGCUGUAUUUUGAGCAUAUGGUUGAGAACCUGAAAGUCUCAGAGAAAGUAGUCCACGAGGUCAUAGUGUAAAACAUAUCAGAAUGAUAACAAGGAACAUUUGAAAAAAGAAAACUCUUUAAGUUUUUCAGGUUACUAAGAAAAAUUUCCGCAAAUACAUCACUAAUAGUAAAAAUGAAAGUCUUCACUUAUAGGAAUCCUUUUUUUUUUUUUUUUUAUCUGUUUAACCACGAGCUGGAGAGACAAACAUCCGUUUGUGGCCCAGGCAGUUUAUCUGGGCCCUCCAUCUUGACUGUUCCAGACUUCAGAGGCCGUCAGUCUAAAGCGUGUUCAUCAUCCACCAUCCAUCCCAAGAUUCCUCUCGACUGUGCCAUUACUGGAGUCUUGAUUCAAGCAAACGGUUCUUACUGUAGAUGUAGGUCACCAACACACGACCAGGGUGGCCUGAGUCCUCCACCAGAAACAAAUCAUAAGAGGAAAAGAACAAAUACAAAGGCUCAAACACUGCUCUGGCCAGCUGGGCAGGAGACAUAUGAGGAAAAAGGACACAGAUCCUUCUGGACAGGGAAGUCUGAUCCGUUGAUGCCUGGAUCCAAUCAAAGGGGUUUAUGGUCUUCGGAGCAUUUUGUGGUGAGACAUGGAGCCCAUCAGCAUGACCACCCUGCCAAAUGCCUCAAACACAGACCAAGGCCACUGCAAGGGACAAUGCAGGGCGAUUCUGAUAACACUCUAUGGCGUGGUUUUGCUUGGAGGCACUACUGGAACAGUAUUGAUGUCACGUAUGAUGUUCAAAAGGAAAAGCCAAUCAAUGAUUGCCAUGAUCGUUGUCAAUAUCAUAGUGCUGCACUCAGUCCUCCUGGUCAGCCUUCCAUUCCGCCUCAGCUAUUAUAUCUUAGAGGUCUGGGAGUUGGAACCUUUUCUGCGAUUGGUCAGCAGCAUAUUAUAUGGUCAUAUGUACGUCACCUUUUUUUUCUACGUGGAUGUCAUACUCCGAUUGCUCAUCUAUUUUAAGAAGCUCCAAAUGCAACAGUUGCAAAAGUGCCAUGCAGUAGUUUUAAGCAUUGUUAUUUGGACCAUGAGCGGCCUCAUUUUUUUGCCAGUAUUAUUUUUACAAUAUGGUAUAAAUCCAAGUUACUCAAAACAACGACGAUGCUUUGAGUUCUACAAAGAUAUCAACCGCAGAGAAUUCAUUAUCUUGAACUACUCUAUGAUUGUUAUCAUGAUCACAACGGUUGGGGUCCUCUUCCUGAUACAGAUGGGCGUCAUUCUCCAACAGACAAAAGCUCUCUGGCCUGACAUGUGGGCCCAUCAAGACUAUAGAGCUCAAAUCAAGAGCUUCUUCUUCCUCCUAGUAAUAGUGGUUGUUUUAUACCCCCAUCAUGUAUUCCGGGUACACUUCAUUCAAAAUUACUCAGAGAUAGACAAUUCUGAGUUAGUUCUUUAUAAUGAAAUUUUUGUUGCUUUAACUACUGUCUGUUGCCUGGAUAUGGUGUGCUUCAUAGGUGGAGUUAUCCAUUAAAUACUCCUCGUCACUUGCUUUGUAAUCAGCUUUUUACCAUUGUGACAAAAUAGUUUCAAAUGAAUGACUGCUACCAUGAUUCCAAAUGUUUCAAUGCUCUGCUCUUAAUUAUCACCAAAAUUGUUUUUCCAUGAAAAGGUAGAAGAUUAACAGUGUCCCCUCUUCUGAGAGAACGGCGAUCUGUUCUCCAUUAACUAUAGAAUAUAUUCAAUUUCCAUAGCUCUACACACGUUGACCCCCAAAAUCCUUUCAACACUCAACUCCUACCCCUUUUUCAGGAGACACUUCUGCUAAGCACAACUAUUGCCUUUCUCUAUGCAGUAAUCCAGGCUGUUCUCUUUGCAUUUGCUCUUGCUGGGCUUUGAUCUUAGAAUGUUAUUUCCCUCCGUCUCCAAACUAUCUACUCAAGGUCCAGAGAACCUGAAGAUAUGGACUGUAGGAGACUUAACUUACUCAACCGAUGCUCAACCUGAGAUACAUGCCUCUUGAAAAUGACUGAUAGUAAAGCUAUGGCUGCUGGCCAUGGUAUUUAGAGGAAAGAACCAGCUUAGAUAGUCAAAUGACUUAGAGGAAGUCCUUUCAGGAUUAAUUGAGCAUUAAUAUGGUUUGAUUCUAAGACUUAGUAGGGACUCAGGAAACAGAAUGCCCCCAGAUCCGUUCCAGACAUGGAUCUGUUAAGCAGAAAAAGAAUUGGAAAGGUAGAAAGCAUCUGGGACUUAGUCUAAGCAUGCUGGCAGACUAUAUUACAGCCUAAACCUUUGAGAAUGUGAGACUAUUCUUAACCUUGUUCAAGGCACCCUUUAUGACCAAGUAGUGUUAUAUAAUGAAAAUCAAUUCUGGUAUCAGUUAAAAUCAAUAAAAAUAACCAAGACAACCAACUUGGAUUGAGAUAAGUAGAAUCCAAGUGGGACGUCUUUGUUAUUUUUAUUGCGUUAACUGAUACUUACCUGAUAUAGGAAUUGACAUGCUCUGGGGUGGCUGGGUGGCUCAGUAGGUUGAGUGUCCAACUUCAGCUCAUGUCAUGAGCUCAUGGUUCGUGAGUUC